GUUUAUUUCGCUAGACUUUCUUUCAGGGUUUCGUUUAGCUCAAAAACCCUAGCAGAGUUGCAGAAAUGGGGAAGAAAGCUAAGACGUCGAGAAAGGGAAAGAAGGCAUGGAGAGCCAAUAUAAGCACGGAAGACAUUCAUGAUUUCUUCGAGAAGUCUACUAAAGACGCUCUCUCCGGUGGCUCUCUUGCCUCCGCUCCGGCCGAAUCCCUCUUCUUCGUCGACAAGUCCAAAGAUCUUUCAGUGAAGCGCAAGAUUGAAAAACAAAGGGACAGAGUACUUCGUCAUGAAAGUUUGCUACAAAAGAACCCAUUUGUUAAACCUGUAUCAUCUUCGAUACCUAAGAAGUUCAAUAAAAAGCUUAAAAAGAUUCCAAAUGCAAAAGAAGUUUUGAAGGAUGAGUCUGCCACAGCUUCUGACAUGGUUGACAUAUGGGACAAGAAAGGUGAUAACCAUGGCAAGGUCAAAAAGGUAGCAAUGCCUUCUCUUAUACCUGCUGUAGAGGUUGAUCAUCCAGGGUGCUCAUUUAAUCCCUCAUUUGAUAGUCAUCAGGAUGUGUUGGCUUCUGCUGUUGCAGAAGAAAUGCGGAAGGUCUACAAAAAGGAGUUGGGACCUCAACCAGUUCCAUUGACGGUUCUAGGAGAAGCUAUUAAUGAAGAAGAUAUGUAUUUUAUUGAUGCUGAUGAUGGGAGUGAUGAUGAUAUGGAUCCGGAGAAUGAGGGUGAGACUGAGGAUGGUGCAGCUGAGAAAAGGACUGCCAAAUCUAAGAAGGUGACACAAGUUGAGCUAAAUAAGAGAGCCAGACGUAAAGAACAGCUUAAAAAGGAUGCAGAAUCAGCAAAAGUGGUGAAUCUUUCUAGAGAAAUUGACAGCGUACAAGAUAUCCUUCAAGAAAUAGCCAAAGAAGACGAGGAGAAGCAUAAAAGACAUAUCAGGCGUGCUGUAGCCAAACAAGAAAGAUUAAAGUCAUGUCCACCGCGCUUGGGGAAACACAGAUUUCAGCCUGCCCAAACGCAAGUCUUGUUAUCUGAAGAAAUAACUGGAUCCCUUCGCCAGAUCAAGGCAUGUUCCAACCUUGCUAAGGAUCGCUACAAAAGCCUGGAGAAAAGAGGUCUGAUUGCUCCAAGAGCAAAUAACGGAAGGAAAUAGAGCGGUCUUCCUUCAGCAUACAUCAUUGCUUUGUUUUUGGAACCUACUGACAUCUUCAGAUGAUUCAUGCUUUGAUAUGUAUUUUACUUUUACAGCUUCUCAUAUCUACUAUAGGUGGUAUGAGACAAAUUUUGGAAUUACCUUUCUUCCUUAAAAAGAAGCAUAAUGUAAUUUUAUUUAUUUUCAAUUGAUAAUUUCUUUCACAUCUUAAA